AUGGGGACCCCGUUCAUCUCGCUCCUCGAGCCCACCAAGCUCGAUGGCUACGACCGUGGCAAGCCGCACGACCAGCAGCCGGCGUCGAUCCCGCGCGUCUUCAUGGACGCCAUGGAGGUGCGCGAGUCGGUCUUUGUGCGCGAGCAGGGCGUGCCGCUCGAGUUCGAGCACGACGGCGACGACGCCCGCUCGCUACACUGGGUCGUCUACGCCUCGGUGAACCAGGUCGUGGCCCAGGAGCGGCGCGACGCCGCCGGCAACGUGGUGCAGCCGCGCCGCUCCUCGACCCGCACCCAGCCCAUCGGCACCGUGCGCCUGGUGCCGUUCCCACACCCGCCGCACCCGGAGCGCGGCGGCCGCUACGUCGACAACCUGCUGCAGAACGAGGCCGAGCUCGCCUCGUCGCUGACGGCGUCCCAGGAGGCCCGCAUCGGCCGCCUGGCCGUCGUCAAGGAGUUCCGCGGCCACCGGAUCGCGGGCCAGCUGUGGGCCGCCGCGCGGGCCUGGCUCGAGAACAACCAGGACUACUUCAACCCGAGCGUGCAGGAGUUGGGGCUUGAUGCGCUCAAGGCUGGCGUUAACGACGUCCCGCGCUGGAACGGCCUUGUGGGUGUGCACGCGCAGGAGGACGUUGUCCCUGUCUGGGAGCGCUGGGGCUUUCAGGUCGACGAGGGCAUGGGCCGGUGGUGGGAGGAGGGCAUCCCCCACGUGGGCAUGUUCCUGAGGCUGAAGCUGAAGGACAAGCCGAUCACGAUCUCGUAG